AUGAUUGAUUUUCAGUUGUCGCCAGAACAAUUGGCUAUGAGAAAUGCUGUUAGAGGAUUUGCUCGUGCCAAUCUGCAAACAGCAAGGUCGAUAUAUGAGGCUCAAAGAGCAUCAUCUUCAGCGUGGGAGGACCGCUUUCGCUCAACCCAACCUAUUUACGCUGAAGCCGUCAAAGCCGGCCUGAUAAAGGCUCAAGUCCCAAAACAGCUCGGCGGAGCAGGUGGCCCUCUGAUCGAGGCUGCUCUUGUCGUGGAAGAGUUCUAUGCUGUCGAAACCAGCGCGUCUUUGACUAUCCUAGGUACUGGAUUGGGUUUGACCCCCUUGAUCAUGUCCGGCUCCCCCGAGCACAGCAAGUUCUUCAAGCCAUUCCUUGACGGUACAGGAACGCCGCUGGCCAGUCUCGUUUUCUCUGAGCCUGGAGGGAGUGCGAACUUUGCAGAAGCAGGUGCAUCUGGUUUUGAGACAGUCGCUCAAUUGCAAGGCGAGGAAUACAUCAUAAAUGGGGAAAAGGUGAGUGAUCUGCGUUUCUGCUCAUUCGAGUUGGUUACCGACAGGAUGCAGAUAUGGGCGACAAAUUGUUCAGGCUGGGAUGACAGGGGUGCGGACGUGCAGUGCGUGCUAUGCCGCGUCGAGGGUUCAGCGGCCGUGGACGAUGUUCGUGGGCAGACAGCAAUCAUCAUCGUCACCCGACAGGAUAUUGCUAAGAAUGACGCGAGCGCAUACUCCGUGCUUUCUCAUCCCGAGACCAUUGGUCACACAGCCGUCAAUGGGCCGCACAUUCGCUUCAAGAACCUGCGUGUCCCAAGAUCCAACCUACUUGCUCCUCCUGGGAAAGGAGCAGAUCUGGUUGAGAUGACAUUUACUGCCUCCGCUGCUCUCGUGGGCGCGAUGGGCGUGGGCAUUAUGCGACAGACAUUUGAUCGGGUUCUUGCAUGGGCCAAAGAAAAUCGACGAGGCUCAAAAGAGGCUAUGAUCCAGAAACAAAGCGUAGCAGAUCUGUUGAUCAAGAUCAAGACUCGAUGUGAAGCAACCAGAGCUCUAGUCUGGAAGGCGGCAUGUUGUUUUGGCAGCACUCGGUUCGGAGCUGAACUCUGCUAUGAAGCCAAAAUCUUUGGAUCCGAAAGUGCUGUUGAGUGUGUCAUGGAUGCCAUCAAUUUGGUAGGGGUAUCGGCAUACUCGCGAACCCAGCCAUUUGGAGACCUGCUGAACGAUGCUGUUGUCCUGCCGAUAUUUGAUGGCGGCAAUGUAGGGGUUCGACGGAGACAGGUUGAAGCUAUCUUUGCUCAAGACGCCGUGUACAAGAUGCCGAAAGCGGUCAAGGGAGCUCUACUACAAUGCGACCCGCCUCAGAUGGCUAUGGUGCGGAAGAUUGACCGCGAAUCCAACAACGCAUACAUCAUUGAGGAAAUCGACGAUCAUACAUGUUUGGUCAAGGAGACCAAAGUGGAAGAGAUCAAAGCGCGAGUCAAAGAGCUCAUGGAUGCGGCCAUGGGCAUGGAUGAGGACGACAAUGACGACAAGGACAGCGACCUGGAUUGAACGCAGCCAGAGUACGAGGUACUCCAAGUCAAGGCGUAUACACUUCUCCAAAGAUCUUCGCAGGGACAAAGUGGGCGAGACGGGACCUUCUGUACCCAUGUUUAUCGAAAGUGGUGAAUACAGACUUGGCCGAAUGGACCACUUGUGUCAUGGUAGAACAUAACCAAAAGCGAGCUAGAGUGUUCCCGAACGCAGCUCGUCGUUCACAAUCCUCUUGAAUUGAGACUUGAGGAAAUCAGGAGCACCAGAGGAGGUGGCAAAAGGCUGGUGAACAGGAAAAUGCAUUGAUGGGAGAGGCAUAUGCGUAGCACCAACCACCCUACAGAAAUGACUACGGGGGUGGUUCAUAGGCUAUGGUGGGUAUGUGCUGGUAUCGGGGUAGCGGUUACGCGGCAAAAUGCAGCAGGAAUCCCUAAGCGAGCACGCAAAAGGUUUAUUCGUAAGAGGGAAGUGCAACAGUAGAGAGGGAUCUACAUGCAAGAUUCGUACUCAGCUUGAAAACUUGGUAAGAGGGGUUUGUCGAAUACUGUCAUUGCUUGAUCGCAAGGAAUUGGAUACAGUAGACAGCUGCUGGAAUGAAUC